UUUGGACAACUCAAAAGAAAAAAGAGAACGAAUUUUAGAAUGUGGGCAUCCUUUUCUGAAUUUAUUUCACCUGUUAUGGAAGGUGGGUAUCUUCGUUGGAGAAGUUUUGCAUUCUUUGCCUUGUCGACAAAGUCAUGUAUCAGCAAUCAGAGAGGGUAUCUAUAAGUUGCCGAGACAAUCACGACGAUAGCACACUCAUUAUUCUACAUUCUCUCCUUUCAGUUUUCCAUUUUCGAUCACUCUCAAUUCUCAAACCCUAGCUAGCUAUUUCAAGAACAUGGCUGCCGCACUAGUUGACGUUCUGUUAGAGCGUUUGGCUACGCUCGCCCUUGACAAGGUCGAACGGGAGCUGAAGCUGGUGGUCGGGGUUAAGCAAGAAAUCCAAAAUCUCACCCUGAAACUUGAAGCUAUUCAAGCUGUACUGGAGGACGCAGAGCAGAGGCAAGAGAUGCAAGCCAGCGUGAAACUUUGGCUGAAGAAGCUAAAUGAUGUUUCCUACGACAUGGAUGACGUGCUGGAUGAGUGGAUCACUAUAGUUCUCAAGCAUCAAUUGGAGAAACAAGAAAAACGAAGUGCAAAAGCUCUUGUUACUAUCAAGAAGAAGGUAUGCUUCCCCUUUACUUCCUCUUGCUUUCGCUUCGGCCAAGUCAAUCAGUUAUUUCUUCGUCACGAAAUUGCUGCGAAGAUAAAAGAAUUGAAUGAAAGAUUAGGUUUGAUUGAUCAAGACAAACAAAGAUUUAGCUUUCAAAACAUCACUGUCCCCGAACUACAUCAAGAAACUACUUCUCUUCCCAAUGCUAAAACAUUUGGUCGAGAUGAGGAAAAAAAGCUCAUAGUUAGCAAGUUGCUAAGUGAGGGUAGUGAAGGGAAUGAGGUUCCUCUUAUCAUCCCUAUUGUAGGGAUGGGGGGGCUGGGAAAAACAUAUCUUGCCAACCUAGUCUAUAAUGAUGACCGGGUCAAAUCUCAUUUUGACACGAGAGUAUGGGUUUGUGUCUCAGACCCUUUUGAAGAGACCAAGAUUGCUCGAGCUAUCAUUAAAGGUCUAGAUAAAAAUAAAAAAACAAAUAAUUCAGAUACGUUGGACGCUUUGUUGCAAUGUAUAGAGGAAUUGAUUCAGGGUAAAAAAUUUCUCCUUGUUUUAGAUGAUGUCUGGACCCCAAAGUCAAGUCAAUGGGAAGAAUUAAUUAAACCUUUACGUAAUGGUGCUAUGGGCAGUAGGGUAUUGGUGACCACUAGAAAGGAGGAGGUUGUUACUUUAAUGAAAGCAACAACUCAGUCGAUCCAUUUAAAGGAGUUGGGUGAAGCAUUUUGUUUGUCAUUGUUCUAUCACAGUGCAGACAUGGAUGAGAGUAGUGUGUCUAAAGAGUUUAAAGAUAUUGGAUUAGAGAUUGUGAAAAGGUGCAAUGGGUUGCCUCUUGCUGCAAAGACGUUAGGUAGCCUCAUGCGCAAUAAGAAAAAGAUUCAUGAAUGGCGAGCUGUUUUAAAUAGUAAGACAUGGGAAUUGACAGAGAUUCAACAAGAUGUUUUUCGACCACUACUACUAAGUUAUCAUGAUUUGACUCCAGCAAUCAAACGUUGUCUUUUGUAUUGUGUUACAUUUCCAAAAGAUUAUGUGUAUAAUAGGAAUCGUUUGAUUGAGUUGUGGAUGUCGCAAGAUUAUUUGAAUGUCAAAGAAAGUAAAGGAAAGAUAGCAGUUGGUCAAAAUUAUUUUGAAGACUUAGCAAUGCGGUCAUUCUUUCAAGAUAUCGAGGAUGGUAUCGAGGAUGAGUAUGGAAACAUAACCUGCAAAAUUCAUGAUAUAGUACAUGACUUUCUGCAAUAUUUGACCAAAAAUGAAUGUUUGAUUUUGGAUGCUAGUGAGAGAAGGGAUGUGUCAAAGGAUGAAGUUCAUCAUUUGACCUUAGCGCAUGCAACCGAGAGUGAUUCUUUGAAAUCUUUUCUACCUGAUUAUAAAAAAUUACGAACAUUCACAGCUAUAGAAUCAUCCUAUAAUUCCAUUGGCCCAAUAUUUGAGUUGAUAACACAAUUGAAAUGUCUCAGGACAUUAAUCUUAAGUGAUCCCGGGCUCCGUGAAAUUCCCAAGACGAUAGGUGGAUUGAUACAUUUGAGGUAUCUUGAUUUAUCCCGUAAUUACGGGUUGAAAGAAUUACCCAGAGCCCUGGGCAGCUUAUACAACCUGCAAACCUUGCGACUUGUUAAUUGCAUAGAUCUAAAAAAAGUAGAUGUGCGAAGGCUGAUUAACUUGAGGCAUCUUUAUGUUCGUAACUGUGGUGCCUCAAGGUCAAUUAAAGGGAUUGAGAAAUUAACAGAUCUGCAGAGGCUGGAUGAGUUUGUUGUCCCAGGUGGUGAUGAAGGAAACAAGUUGGAAGAUCUGAAAGGCUUGAACCAGCUUCAAGGGAGUCUUGCUAUUGAAAUUGGGAGAAAUCCAAAUAGGGCGGAGAAUGCAGCAGCAAUUAUGGUGAAUAAGGCUCACCUCCUGCACUUGAAACUAGUGUUCUCCGAGGGUGAUGACGGAAAAAUAAUGAAUGGCUUAGAGCCGCAUCCAAGUUUGGAAUCUUUAUACAUCCAUGGGUAUGGAGGCAGCGCCUUCUCCCAUUGGUUGUCGUCUUUACACUGCUUGAGAGUGCUCACCCUUAACUAUUGCAACUGUGGGGUUUUGCCUCCUUUAGGGAAACUGGAGUCCCUUGAAUCAUUGUUUAUUCACCUUCACGAUGGAGUCAGAAAGGUAGGAGUUGAGUUUUUGGGAAUAGAUGAUGGGCAAACCUCCUCGUCGUCUUCCAUUUUCAUAUCAUUCCCCAAGCUUAAACAACUCGAAUUCAUGCUCGUGUCCUCAUGGGAAGAGUGGGUAGGAGUGGAAAAUAAUAAUAUUACAAUCAUGCCAUGCCUCUCUCAGUUGACACUUGAGUACUGCGACUACCUAAAAGCACUGCCGGACUUCCUAUGGAAGACACCACUACAGAAAUUGCACAUCAGGGCAUCUCCAAUUCUCCGAGACCUUUACAGACAAGGAAUAGGUGAGGAGUGGGCCAAGAUUUCUCACAUCCCAACCAUCAAGAUAGAAGGCGUUUCUGAAUGACGCAUCUCAAAGAGAUGCAUGUCCAAUAUUGGAGGGGACAAGGAAACAUCAAUUGAGCAUCAGGCAUUGUCUUCCCCUACCCUUCAAGGAGUUCAAGCACAUCAGUGAUUAGUUGAGCAUGAGCUAGCAGAGUUAUAGCAUAGACCAAACCUAGGAGGGUGCUAAAGAGGUCAAACACUUGAGGUGGUCAUACAUGUGCUUCCUCAGAUGCUCAACUUCAAUGCUCUGAUUUUUAUGCCAAGUCUCUGUAUUUCUUUUAGCAAAGCUAAGUCACUUUUAUACAGCAGAUGAUGAUUCAUGGCCACGUGAAUAGCUAAAGGGAUUGUUGGACUUCCAAUUCCAAUACUAGAUGAUCUUCACCACUAAGAUGUGAACCACACCAGGCUACUUGUACUGCUCGUAUUGAAGCUGCAUGCAUUUAUCAUGGCAUCUGAAUUUGGGAAGCUGCAUAAGUACCAAUCUGUAGAUUAUAUUAUAGCUUGAAGUUCUUGGUUUUCAAGUUGGACUAUUAGCAAGUCACGUAAAACCUUUUUAUUAAUUACAUGGACCGAGGAUGGUCUUAGUCAAGAAUAUCUCUUCCAUUGUCUGGACUUUAUUAGACUUACUGGGAAGCUAUGCAAGGUUGUGACAAUGAGCUGUCAUUGGAGAAGUUAAACUUGGGAUUGUUCCUUUGGUCUAAGUAGGUUAUGCUAGCUUGUGUAUCCUUCUGCUCGGCUAAGUUAUAUCGUCAUUGUUUAUAUAGGUGAUCAUGACUGUCAGGAGCUUAAGAGGUUACAAACAGCACCAGUUAGAGACAUGUUCUUAAAGCAUUGAAAGAAGGCAUGAGGGUGCUGAAGGCUGCCAGUUCGAAGACCUUCCUGUUUGGUUAUGAUACUCUUCUUCCUCUUAUGCUGGAACUUGAGUCCCUAUCAAGUACAUUUCAGAAAGAUUGCAAGCACCCUUCUGUGUAUGGAAUUGGGAGGUUAGGCUUCAAAUUUCUGUUGGUUAGACUCCUGAAGAUGAGAUGACCCUCAGGUACUCUUCAUGUUGUGUGGAAAGUUCCAGAAUAAUUCAAAAGAAAUCUUUAGAAGAAAAUCGCACCAACAUACAUGUACAGCUCACACUGAGGCUUCAUUUAGAAUGGCCUUGGAAUUGCAAAGCUGAUGCGAUGCUAAUAUCAUAAGCUCUCUAUGUCAUAACUCAUAACCUGAAGUUCUCAGUUCAUGUGUGUUUGUGGCACAUAUAUGGCUCUGUAAGACUGUGACUGUGAGACUGAGUUAAGGAUCACAGAUUGCUUUAAUUUUUUGGUUAUUUGGGUGUACCUAGGUUGGACUGUUGGAGCAAUGCAUCUGAGGCACCAAUCAGACCUACAUUUGACAAGCUGUGGGGUGGCCAUGAUAGAUCAAAGAAGGAGGAUUGGGCAAGUACUCAUGCAUCCAAUAUUUGAUUGGGAGCGCAGCCCAGGUCUCAGUUCCCUAUUCCUUUUUGCUGAUACGAAUUUGCCUGUAUGCUGAAUUGCUGAUCCCUACUUGUGCUGAGAGGAUAAUCAAGGUGCAGUCAAACCACCAUUCCUUGCAGUAAAAUGUCAAGCAACAAUAUUACAACAUGCAAUUACAAACUUAUUUUGUGUCACCCAUUCGACUGAUGAUGAGGCUAUCUUACCUAAACUAGAUUGCUUUUAACCUUUUGGUUAAUUCGAUGUAUUAAGGAUGGUGCCUAGCCAAGCAGCUGAGGCAUCUCUUCGAGUGUCUCGACUUUAUUACGAAGCUAUGCAUGGUUUUGAGGUGUGAGGUGUGACUAUGAGCCAUCAUAGAAGAUUGUUCAACUUGGGAUUGUUUCUUUGGUCUACCUAG